CCGCCUUCCUCCAUGCCCCGGGAGGACACAGGGAGAGGUCAUGCUCAGAUCCCAGGGGGCGGGGUUUGCAGCUCCAGAGGUCGUAGUGGCUACCGAGCCCGAGGCUCCAGUGGCAUUCUUGGCUGACGACGCUAGUGGAUCCUUACAUCACUCGCUGAUACAAAGCGGCUGUGUCAGAGGACGGUUGAUGGAAGUGAAUGAAGACAUUCUCCAUAAGCCAUCUAUUCUUCAAGAGAAGCCGUCCACCGAAGGCUACAUUGCAGUCGUGUUGCCCAAAUUUGAAGAAAGUAAAAGCGUAACAGAAGGGUUACUGACGCAACAACAAUAUGAAGAAGUCUUGGCCAGUCGCGCCAAUGCCACAUCAGCUACAGCGUGAGGACUGAGGUGCAGUAAAAAGCAACAGGCCUUCUCUCCUCGCCUGCCGGCCAGUCAGUGCCCUAAGGAAGCAGCAGCGUAGCUGAAGCCUGCUUCCCGCCCAGCCAUCCGCAGGGAGGCCUGAUCUCAGCACUCGACCUAGUUUCCCUCUUCGUCUCACAUAACAGGCCUGGAAUCUGUUUGUCUUCACCCUCCCAGAUCUGCCUGCCCAGGUGCUCCCUCUGCUCUUCUUUUGUUUUUCUCUAACAACUGGCAAGUGAGAGGCGUUUUUCCCAUUAAAAACCAACAAACAAAGCACUUUGAGGAAACUCUGAAAGACAUCGAAGUUAGCAUAAUUUACCCAUCAUCCUGUAACCCAUUCUUAGUAAAUACUACGUUUUGACCUAAUUCUGUUUAAAUGUUAUGGCAUGGUUAAUGUUUUGGCCUCAGUUUUCCAUCACUUUGAAGUUACAAAACAACAGCUAGCCUUUUCUUCCCAGUCUGCUUCAGUGUGACACCACUAAAGGCAUCUGGUGCCACCCCUUUUGCCCCAACUCCUCCCCCUUAGGUUGCUGGGAAGCAGCAGGGUGUGGAGUGGGCCGUCCCUGUUCCUUGUGGGUUGGCCUUCACCUCUCCAACAGUGUGGCACUGUGACUUCUGAAUGAGGGGCACGGGAAAAGGCUUUGUAAAGAGCAAAGGGCUUUGCUGACAUAUGGAAGUUUCACACUGCAGCGUGAAGUAAUGUGUGCAUUUGUGGACACUCAGUCUCUCACUCGAGUUACAGGGUAACCAGCUAAGAAGUUACUGAGCAGUUACUGUAGUUCAAAGACACAGAUGCCUUUGAACAGAACAAAAGCUUUCACAUCAUUUAAACAAACCAACCAACCUACGAAUGUAUGAUUUUAAAUUAUA